AUGCUGGCGGUGGAUGACUACGACGCCGCCGCCGCCGCUGAGCUCAAGAGGAAGCGAACUUUCCGCAAGUUCUCGUACCGUGGCAUCGAGCUCGAUGCCCUGCUCGACAUGAGCAACGAGGACUUCAUGAGCCUCGUCCACGCUCGUGCCCGCAGGAAGUUCCAGAGGGGCCUCAAGCGCAAGCCCAUGGGCCUCAUCAAGAAGCUCCGCAAGGCCAAGUCGGAGGCCGCUCCCAACGAGAAGCCCGCCACCGUCAAGACCCACCUGCGUGACAUGAUCGUCGUCCCCGAGAUGAUCGGCUCCGUCGUCGGCAUCUACAACGGUCGCUACUUUGUCAACACCGAGAUCAAGCCCGAGAUGCUCGGCCACUACCUCGGCGAGUUCUCGAUGACCUACAUCCCCACCCGCCACGGCGCCAAGGGCAAGGGUGCCACCGUCGACCGCUUCCUGCCCAUCAGGUAA